UCAGCGCCGGCUCUCCCUUCUUCUUUUCCUUCUUGCUGCCCAGCAAGGGCCCUUCUGCAACGCGCGCUGCCUGCUGCCUUCAGCUCUCCGCUUCUCCGGGCUUUCGGGCUGCCGCCACUGCACCUCAGAAGGGAACAAAAACGCCUCCGCAUCAGUGUAGUGCCCUGAUUAUUCGUCUUGCUCCAUUCUUUCUUCUUCUUCCUGGAAUAUGAAGAAAAUGUUCUCAUGCUUCUUUUUGCUGGUUGGGCUUUUCCCUGCAUUAGCCAGAGAGAGACAACUUCCAGGAAUACCUUUCAGUCAAAGAAAUGAUGCUGUUUUAUUUGAAAAUUUUUGCAAUAACAAACAGCUGGACCUUGUGUUCAUCAUUGACAGCUCUCGUAGUGUUCGCCCUUAUGAUUUCGAGAAAGUGAAAGAAUUCAUCUUAACCAUCUUGCAGUUUUUGGACAUCAGCCCGGAUGUCACUAGAGUGGGACUCAUUCAAUAUGCCAGCACAGUCAAAAAUGAAUUCUCCCUGAAGACCUUUAGGAGGAAACAGGAUGUGGAAAGAGCAGUGAAAAGAAUGAUGUACCUGGCUACUGGUACCAUGACGGGAUUAGCCAUUCAGUAUGCAAUGAACAUUGCAUUUUCAGAAUCUGAAGGGGCUCGGCCACUCAGUCAGAACGUGCCUAGAGUUAUCAUGAUAGUGACUGAUGGGCGACCUCAGGAUCCUGUCGCAGAUGUUGCAGCAAAAGCGCGGAACUCAGGAAUCCUAAUUUUUGCUAUUGGUGUGGGAAGAGUAGAUAUGAACACACUCAAGUCCAUUGGGAGUCAACCUUAUUCAGACCAUGUCUUUUUGGUUGCAAAUUUCAGCCAGAUUGAAACGCUAACCUCCGUGUUUCAGACUAAACUUUGUGUCCAACACAUGUGCAGUGUAACUGAACACGGAUGUGAUCAUUUCUGCAUCAACACUGCUGGCUCCUAUGUAUGUAAAUGCAAACGGGGAUAUAUUCUGAACUCGGACCAGAGGACUUGCAGUACCCAGGACCUAUGUGAAUUCAAAAAGCAUGAUUGUGAACAGAUAUGUGUGAAUACACCUGGAUCCUAUGUUUGCCAGUGUUAUGAUGGCUAUGAACUUGAGAAAGAUGGGAAGACAUGUUUUGUUGUGAAUUACUGUGCUUUGAAUAACCAAGGCUGUCAACAUGAGUGUGUUAAUACUGAAGAUUCCUACUAUUGUCAGUGCCACAAAGGGUUCAUUCUCAAUCCAGAUAAAAAAACCUGCAGACGACCAGACUACUGUGCUAUGCAAAAUCAUGGCUGUCAACAGAAGUGUGUCAAUACAGAUGAAUCCUAUUUCUGCCGAUGCCAGCAAGGGUUUACUCUCAAUCCAGAUAAGAGAACAUGCAAAAGAAUAAAUGUUUGUGCUUUGGGAAAACAUGGCUGUGAACAUGAGUGUGUUAACACUGAAGACACGUAUGUGUGCAGAUGUCGAACUGGGUACACCCUGAACCGUGACCUUAAAACAUGCAGAAGAAUAGACCACUGUGCUGGAUCAAACCAUGGGUGUGAGCAAUUGUGCCUGAAUACCAGGGACUCCUAUGUUUGUCAGUGUUCUGAAGGAUUCAUCAUUAAUGAGGACCUGAAAACCUGCUCACGAGUGGACUAUUGUUUACUGAGUGACCAUGGUUGUGAACAUAUGUGUGUGAAUAGUGAAAGAGCUUAUAUCUGCCAGUGCUUUGAAGGAUAUGUGCUGCAUGAUGAUGGGAAAACUUGCAAACGUAGUGAUGUCUGUAGAUCAGUGGACCAUGGAUGUGAGCACCUUUGUGUCAGUGAUGGCAUUUCCUAUGCCUGCAAAUGCCAUGAGGAAUUCAUACUGAGGGAAGAUGGGAAAACCUGCAGAAGUAAAGACAUCUGCAAAUCAGUUGGUCAUGGCUGUGAGCACUUGUGUGUUAACAGUGAUGACUCCUAUGUCUGCAAGUGCCAUGAGGGAUUUGUAUUAAGGAACGAUGGGAAGACAUGCAGAAAUCAAGAUAUCUGCAAAUCUGUUGACCAUGGAUGUGAACAUGUCUGUGUGAGUAAUCAUGACUCAUAUACUUGCAAAUGCCAUGAAGGAUUUAUAUUAAAGCAUGAUGGGAAAACAUGUAGAAGUAAAGACAUCUGCAAAUCAGUUGGUCAUGGCUGUGAGCACUUGUGUGUUAACAGUGAUGACUCCUAUGUCUGCAAGUGCCAUGAGGGAUUUGUAUUAAGGAACGAUGGGAAGACAUGCAGAAAUCAAGAUAUCUGCAAAUCUGUUGACCAUGGAUGUGAACAUGUCUGUGUGAGUAAUCAUGACUCAUAUACUUGCAAAUGCCAUGAAGGAUUUAUAUUAAAGCAUGAUGGGAAAACAUGUAGAAGUAAAAACUUUUGCAAGUCCUUUGACCAUGGCUGUGAACAUGUUUGCAUGAAUAGUAACAAUUCAUACAUCUGCAAAUGCCAUGAGGGAUUUAUAUUGGAAGAGAAUGGGAAGACGUGCAGAAGAUGUACUGAAGGCCCAGUUGAUCUAGUGUUUGUGAUAGAUGGAUCAAAAAGCCUGGGAGAAAAUAAUUUUGAAAUUGUGAAAGAAUUUGUCUUGGGGAUCUUGGACACUCUUACAAUAUCUCCCAAAGCUGCACGAGUUGGUUUGAUACAGUAUUCUACUCAAGUCCGCACAGAAUUUACACUGAAACAAUUCAGCACAGCCAAAGACAUGAAGAAAGCAGUGGCCCAAAUGAAAUAUAUGGGAAAAGGCUCCAUGACUGGACUUGCCUUGAAGCAAAUGACCGAGAGAAGCUUCACUGAAGCAGAGGGGGCCAGACGUCUCUCAGCAAAAGUGCCCAGAGUGUCUAUUGUGUUUACAGAUGGACGGGCCCAAGAUGAAGUUUCUGAAUGGGCUACUAAAGCAAGGCAAAGAGGAAUCACCCUGUAUGCCAUUGGAGUAGGGAAAGCAAUUGAGGAAGAAUUGCGAGAAAUUGCUUCUGACCCUCCCGACAAACAUCUUUUCUAUGCUGAGGAUUUCAGUGCUAUGGAAGAGAUUAGUGAAAAGCUACAAAAACGAAUCUGUGAAGGUCUGAAGGCCCACCAGGAUUUACCAGCAAGUGUGCCUUAUUCAGCAGAUCCACAUUCUCAAGAACCUGAAGCUGCUACCUUAGCAAUCACAGAUGUUCUUGCGUGUUCCAAUUUUGCAGUCCAUCACAAAUAUCUUUUUGAAGAAAAACGGCUGCGAUCAACAGUAGCUUCAGGAAAUCCUUCAGAAGACAAGACAGACCCAUGCAAAUGUGAAAAUCUUAUGACAUUCCAGAAUUUUGUAAAUGCCGAAGUUAAAAAACUAACACAACAACUAGAAGAAAUGUCAAAAAGAAUGGAAGCCUUGGAAAAUCGAUUAAGAUACUGAUGAAAUGUUCUCAAGUGUGUGUUGUGUUGGAUAUUUAUACAUUCAAAGAGUGUAUCAAAGCUAUGUAAAGGUCCAGUCUCCUCACACAAGAAAUGAGGAUUUAUAACUCCAGUACUUCAAGAAACUACAUGAUACUGCAUUUUUGUACUGACUGCAGAAAAAAUGGUGAGAUUUUAUACAACUGUACUAUUUUUUCAAUUCAGAUAAGCUAUGUAAUAAAA